UCCAAUCUUUACACUGCAUUAACAAACGCUACUGCCAGCACUAUUUGUCUGCCAUUACGAAUGCUAUAAUCUAUUGUCUAUUGGAAAUGAUACAAUAAAUCAUAAUGGAAACAUCAAGAUCGUUACAAUUAUAUUAUUUUACCUUCGUCCAUGUAUCCAUCUAACCAUUACAGGCUAAGUUCAAAUGGCGACUGAAGUAGAAUUAUCGAAACAAUGCUUACCUAUUAGCAAGGUACCAAAAUACUCCUCCGACUGGGUUAUAAAAGUCUUUGUUGUUCGAAGGAGUAAAGUAAUUCCAUACAAAAACCAAAGGAACGAAGGUGUUUUCAAAACUCUUAUAUUAGUUGAUGAAGAGGGGACAAAGAUCCAAGCAACACUUUUUAAUAAGCAUGUAGAGAAACGGAAAGACUUCUUUGAACUAAGCAGGAGUUACUUCAUUAUCAAUGGUCGCCUAGAUCGUGUCAAUCCAAACUACUCCUCGGUUCACAAAGAAGUUGAAAUAGCUUUUACUGACAACACUAUCAUCAAGGAAUCUAAAACAAACAUUUCCACCCAAGAAUUCUCAAAUGGUUUUUUGUUCUUGGAAAAGGCGGAAAAGUUAACUGAAGAUGUAGUUGUCAUUUUAGUUACAGUGAAAUCACUUAUUGAAGAAGGCCGUAGCAGGAGAAGAGAGAUAAUAGUUACAAAUGAAAGGUAUGAUCUUACAUCUAUCACUUUAUGGGGAGAUUUUGCUGAAAAUGAUGGUGAACUUCUUGAAAAGAUGAAAUACGAUAAACCAAUCCUUGGCUUUUGUGAUGUUAGAGUCUCAAUUUACAAAGGAAAUUUUGGAAUAUCAACUAUUCCUGUAAGCAGUGUGCUAAUCAAUCCAACAAUCCAAAAGGCAACAGAACUCCGAAAUUGGAUGUGCUCAAUAGACGAUGACGCACGAAAUUAUCUUUACAAAGAAUUUCCAGAGCAUUAUGUUUGGAAUCCGCAGCCCAAAAUUUGGACAAAAAGGAAAACACGAUCUGUGAUUGGUCGGAUUGCUAUUGCUAAUCCUCGAGAAGGUGAAAGAUAUUACGAGAGAUUAUCACUUAACCACGUUAGAGGUCCAUUUUCAUUUGAAGAUUUGCUAACUGUUAAUGGAAAAAAAUGUGAAACAUUCAAAGAAGCUGCCAAACAAAGAGGAUUAUUAGAAUCAGAUAAUAGCAUUUCUGAAUGUUUAUGCGAGGCUGUCGUCUUCAAAAUGCCAUCAGCUCUUCGAAGUUUAUUUGCAACAGUUUUAGUUCAUUGCAAUCCAACGGAUAUUAGAAAUCUAUGGGAAACAUACUACGAUGAUAUGUCAGAAGACUUUCGAAGGAUGCAUGAAAAUUCACCUGCUACCCAACUCCAGUUUACACUAAAAAGUGUUAAUUAUUAUCUGGAGAGUAUGGGUAAAAGUGUUGAAAAAUAUGAUUUACCAAAAAUCAACCAACAGUCAUGCCAAAAAAUCACUUCAGAAUGUAGAGAAAUAAUUGAAGAAACGUCUAUGAAGGUACCCGUGGAAGAUUAUGAGGCACAAUCAAAGUUGAAUCAUGAACAAGCACAAGCUUUCAAGACCAUAUUAUAUAGUGUAGACUCUGGAACAACAAGAUUAUUUUUUGUAGAUGGACCUGGGGGAACUGGAAAAACAUUCUUAUAUCGUGCAUUACUAGCAAAUGUUAGAUCAAGAGGUAUGAUAGCUUUGGCAACUGCAACCAGUGGUGUAGCAGCUGCAAUAUUACCAGAAGGUCUUACAGCUCACUCUAGAUUUGACAUACCUCUUCAAACAAAUGAUACAACUAUGACAAAAAUGUCAAAAGAAAGUGGUGCUGCUAAGUUAAUAAGAUAA